UGAAGAUCCUGCUUCUAGGAAGGUGUGAUGUGUGUGUAGUGACCAACAGGACUUCUUUGAAGAGACCAGCUAAGCUCUUGACUCUGCUGUGUGCAAAGAGGCUGAGGAGCUGGCUCCUCCACAUCCUUCCAGCCCCUCUGGCCCCGCCCUGUCUUUCCUCCCUCCUGCAACCCAGUGCAAUGUGCUCAAGCAGUGGAUACAUUUCUGAACCAUGGAUCGCAAUGAAAUGCCUGCUAUGCCCUGCUGCCCCCCCGACUCCACCACUGGACUUGAGACCGGAGCCCCGCAGGCGAUUGAACCUGGCCCCAGAAGAUCUACGCGUCGCUGUGCCCGCUGCCACAACCAUGGCAUCACUGACCAAAUCAAGGACCAGGAGCACCUCUGCCUCUUCCAGGCCUGCGAGUGUCACAAGUGUGUUUCCUUCUCGGAACACUACAGCAGCUUGCCUGCUGAACGUGACUUGAAGAUGGAGCAGGGGCCAUACCUAAAGAGGCGCCCGACUCGAGGACGGAUGAGGAGUGGGACCACCUCUCCCAGAGCUCACGGCCGUGCCAAGAAGUUGGGCACUCAAGCAAGAGUCCCCAACAGUUUUCCAAGGCCCUCUGCUGCUCGGUCAGGUCGUGGGAUCUUUGUCUCUGUCCUGGACUCCAGCACCCUUGAAGAAGCAACUAACAAUUUCUCUUUCGAGGAAGUCACACAGAUCCCUUGCCCUGCCGAGCAGGCUCCCGAAGCUUCCAACCAGGCCUUGGUUUCUGCCUCCUCAGAGUGGCAGCAAAAACUAGAAGCAGCCGAGGCUCUGCUGGCUCUGAGAGAAUCUUCCCCGGCCCCUUCUGGCUGCAUCUCUCUGCUCCAGCCCUGCGUUGCUCCAGCUCCUGAUGGAGAUAAAGGACUUCAGCCUUCUAGCCCCUCUGUUUGACCCAGGCCGGCCAGCUCCAUUUCUCUGCCUAUUGGUCACCUGGGGUGCGUCUCCCUCUUGAACUAGAAGCCCAGAAGCGGGCAAUUCACUAGAAUGCUGUCUAUUUAUGCAUUUUCAAAGUGCUUAAUGUCCAAAAUUCUUACUGUAUUAAAAAAAAAGCAUUUAGGCUCUUUUAUAGGCUUUUUAUUAUAUGGGGGCAAUUCCUUGACUGAGGGUGGAUAUUCCUCUCCCUCCAUCCUUUACUCUCUUGGGUCCUGGGGCCUUAUAAUGUCUCUUAUGAAAAUAGGGUUUUGCAGUCUAAGCUGAUCAAUCUCUAAGUAGGGUUCUGUGUGAGUUCAUCUGUUCAUCUGCCAGAGGUUAUUUUGAUUCAUGAUUGCAAACUUACCAGCAUGCUCAUGUACUUACCCAUGCAUGUGAAAAUGUGAGGAUGUUUUCAUUUUGUGUCUAGGUUUGUGUAUGUGAGCAAAUAAUAAACCUUCUUUGUAAGCCACUGAAAUAUAGGUGUUGCUUGUU